AUGGCCGCUUCUACCAGCUCCUCCAUUCCUGACAAUGUCGAGAAGUCCGCUUCUGUCGAGAAGUCCGCCUCCGCCGAGGACUACGAGAUGGUCCAUGCUCCUGUUGAGGAGAACCCCGAGUUUGUUGUCGAUGACGUCAAGCGAAACCGACGACAGCGAAUUGCCGACGGCUUCACCGUGCUGGCCGCUGGCUUUGCCCUCAUCUCCGAUGGUUACCAGAACUCUAUGAUGACCAUGAUGAACGUCACCUUCCAGGAGCGAUACGGAAAGGAAGUCUACAAUUCCACCGUCUCCACUCGAGUUUCCAACGCCCUCCUUGUCGGAGAGGUCAUUGGUAUGAUUGUUAUUGGUCUGACCUGCGAUUACAUGGGCCGAAAGACCGCCAUUGUCGUUACUACUAUUCUGAUUGUUCUUGGAGGUAUCAUGGCUACCGCCUCCCAUGGUGUCACAACUGAUGGUAUGUUCUGGAUGUUAGUCGUCUCAAGAGGUGUAAUCGGUUUUGGAUCAGGAGGAGAGUACCCCGCUGCUUCCACCUCCGCCUCCGAGGCCGCCAACGAAAAACAUUUGCGAAAGAGGCGAGGAGCCAUCUUUGUGCUGUGCACUAACCUGCCUCUGUCUUUCGGAAACCCCUUCUGUGUCAUUGUCUUCCUGAUUGUCUACGCCGCCUGUGGCUUCAAGGGUCAGCAUCUGUCUACCGUGUGGCGAACCUGCAUGGGUAUCGGAUGUAUCUGGCCUCUGACCGUCUUCUACUUCCGACUCAAGAUGGCCCAGCCCCGUCUCUACACCAAGUCUGCUAUCAAGAAGUCCGUGCCCUACUGGCUCAUUCUCAAGUUCUACUGGCGAACCAUCAUCGGUACUGCCGGAACCUGGUUCAUCUACGAUUUCGUUGUUUUCCCCAACGGUGUUUUCUCUGGAUCCAUUAUCGCCACUAUCAUCAAGCCUGAUGAGCCCGAUAAGCUCCUCAAGACCGCCGAGUGGCAGCUGCUGAUUGGAGCCAUCGGUCUUCCUGGUGUCUUCAUCGGUGCCUGGUUGUGUGAGAACAGGGUCCUUGGCCGAAAGUACACCAUGCUUAUUGGUUUCGCUCUCUGGAUUGUCGUUGGUCUUAUUAUCGGAUGUGCCUACACCCCCCUUAAGCGAAGCACUGGUGCUUUCGUCUUCAUGUACGGUAUGCUGUCUUCUUCGGGUAACCUGGGUCCUGGUAACAUGCUGGGACUUGUUUCCUCCGAGGCCUACGCCACCGCCGUUCGAGGUACUCUCUACGGAUUCUCCGCUGCUGUCGGCAAGGCCGGUGCUGCUGUCGGUACUCAGGUGUUUAAGCCGAUUCAGGGCAACCUCGGUGACCGAUGGACUUUCAUCAUUGCCGCCAUUCUCGGUCUCUGUGGUGUGAUUGUCACUCUCUUUUUCGUUCCCCGACUCAACGGUGAGGAUCUCGAGGAGGAGGAUGUGCGAUUCAAGCAGUUCUUGCGAGCCCAUGGAUGGGAGGGAGAGUUUGGAACUGUUGCUGACAAGGUGGACGAUAUUGAGGAAACCACCAGCGACGAGGCCCACGACACUGACGGAAUUGAGACUCAGCAAAUCAUCACUGAGACUCCUAACAAGAUGUCCAAUUAG